AUAAACGUCUCAUAUAUGACAUAACAUUAGGUAAUCACAUGCAUCACAUAUGUCAAAUAAAUAUUAGGUUAUUUAUAUUAUAAAUUAUCUUAGAGUUGAGCUCGAGCCAAACUUUCGAUCUUAAUGAUGUGUCAAGAUUUAAUAAAUGAGUUGACUCGUGUUCGACUCGGCUCGACUCGUUUAUAAACGAGUCAAUGAACAAGGCAAAUCUCGGCUCGGCUCAUCAAAGCCCUACCCAUAAGACUAAUUGCAGGCUCCGGUCCAAAAUUAAUAAACCCAUUAGGACUCGGUUUGGGCGAUCAAAAGUCGCUAUCCUCUUCAACGGAUCUGUGGGCUUGAUCCAUGCGGGUAAAGAUCCGAGGAGGCCCAUGAGAGAAACAAAAAUUGCAAGAAACUAACCAGCUACCACCGUCCAGCCAUAGAUGUCUCUCAUUUCUCCGGAAUCCAAUUUCAUCGCCGCAGCCCGCAGUCAUGAACUCCGAAAUUCCCCUCCCUUCAGAAACCAGCAGCAGAAGCCGCCGCCGGUGCCACGUGGUGGCUGUUCCUUACCCAGGAAGAGGCCACAUCAACCCCAUGCUUAACCUCUGCAAGCUUCUCUGUUCCAAGAAUCCCAACCUUCUCGUCACUUUCGUCAUCACUGAAGAAUGGCUGCGCAUCCUUUCCGGCGGCGACGGCAACGGCACAACUAUUCACAGCAAUAUCCGGCUAGCUUCCAUCCCAAAUGUAAUCCCAUCGGAGCUCAUCAGAGGAUCCGACUUCCCCGCCUUCUACGAUGCUGUAAUGACCAAGAUGGAAUCUCCCUUUGACCAACUGCUCGAUCGCCUCUCCGACCCUCCCGUCACCGUCAUGAUUUCCGACACCGAGCUCCGUUGGGCCGUCCGAAUCAGCAAUCGGAGGAAUAUCCCGGUGGCCACGCUGUGUACUGUCCCUGCCAGAGUGUUCUCCCUGUUCCAUCGCUUCGCCUGCGUGCAGAAUCGCGACCAAUUAUUGGAUGACGGAAACGAGCAUCUUCAUGAUCAUUCAAUUGUUGCAAUUUCUCCGCCGGAGGUAGCAGAUCUCCGAGCAAUAUUCCGUGGGGAUGACCGGAAAAUCAUGAAUUUUACUCUAGAAUGCAUCUCAUGGGUGCCAAAAGCUCAGUAUCUACUGGUGAACUCUGUCCAUGAGCUUGAACCUGAAGUCUUCAACUCCCUGAGAUCGGAAUUUCGGUGCCCAGUUUACCCAAUUGGCCCAGCAAUUCCUUUCUCUCAACUCGACAACGAUACAGUUACUAAACCUGCUGCUGAUUAUUUCCAAUGGUUAGAUUCCCACCCUGAAGGUUCAGUCUUGUAUGUCUCAUUAGGGAGCUUCCUGUCCGUUUCAAAGCGGCAAAUGGAGGAAAUUGUAGCGGGUCUCAGGGAAAGCUCUGUUCCAUUCUUGUGGGUUGCUCGCGGAGAGAGUGAUAGGUUACAAGAAAGCUUUGGUGGUGGUGAGAAAGGGAUGGUGGUGGCAUGGUGCGACCAGCUGAAGGUGCUGAACCAUGGUUCAGUGGGAGGGUUUUGGACUCAUUGCGGCUGGAAUUCGACCUUGGAAGCUGUUUAUGGGGGUGUUCCGAUGCUUACUUUCCCUCUUAUAUUCGAUCAGGUUCCCAACAGUAGGGUGAUUGUUGAGAAAUGGAGAAUUGGGUGGAGGUUGAAGAGAGAUCCUGGUGGGUUGGGAAUAGAUGAUGGUGAGUUAGUGACGAGAGGUGAGAUAUGUGAAGUUGUUAAGAGGUUUAUGGAUGGAGAGAAUAGUGAGGUUAGGGAAAUGAGAAAGAGGGCCAAAGAGCUGGGGCAGAUAUGCAGGCAAGCAAUUGCAGAAGGUGGACCUUCUGAUAGAAACCUCGAUGACUUCAUCUCAGACGUUUCCAAAGCUUAACCAAAGCCUGAGAUAGUUCAGUUCAAAAUCACAGCCAACGUAAUUCCACCAGAACGCCUGAAAGCAAUAGACUUUCCAGGAUUCUAUGAAGCUGUGAUGACGGAGAUGGAAUCCCCAUUUGAACAGCUCCUUGAUCAGCUUCAACCUCCGGUGACUGCUAUCAUCGGUGACAUUGAAGUCAGAUGGGCUAUAGCCUAUAGGAGUUGGAGACCGAAGGAAUAUUCCGGUGGCAGCUUUCUGGACGAUGUCAGCUUCCUUCUUUUCCAUGUUGUAUCAUCUGGAUGUUGCUCCAAAAAGCCUGAGUUCACCGCCAAAGGAUCUUUUAGCACUCAAAUAGAUGAAAUCCUCGGCGGCCUUGAAGCUGCUGGCAUUCGCUUCCUGUGGAUAGCUCGUGCAGAAGCUUUGCGGCUGAACCUAACUGGUGAAUGCACGAAGGGGAUCGUUUUGCCAUGUUGUGAUCAGUUGAAGUUGAAGAUUGUUGAAGAUUGGGGGAUUGGGUGUGAGGUCGGCAUACACCUGAAGCAAGAAACCAAGAUAAGUAGAGCAGAGAUUGCUCGAAUUGUGGAGCAGUUCAUGGAUAGUGGAAGCAAAGUAGGCCAACGAAUGAGGACGAGAGCAAGCGAGCUUGGAGAUAUAUGCAAUUCAGCUGUUGCAGAGGGCGGAUCUUUAGCUAAAGGUCAACACCAAGAGGCACUAGAAGUUCCUGAACUGACCUUAACUGGUUCUUAA